AUGGCAAGUAGUACACUUAAAAAUGUAAAAGUUCCAGAGAAAAAAGCUGCAAUUAAAAAUUUAAAAAUUGAUAUAAACAAUAAUGAAGAAUACAAAAAAUUAAAGGAAGACAAAAAAAAAUUAAAAAAAGAAUUAUCAAUAAAAGAAACUGAAAUAAAUAAUUUAAAGAAAAUAUUAGAAGACAAAGAAAAUGACAUAAAAUUAAAUUACAUUCCUUUAAAAGAAGCAAGAAAAAUAACUUUUAAAGCAUUAAGAAAAGGAUCAGCAGCACAAAAAUUUAUUAGUCUAAUAGAAAGUAAUAGUAUUAAUUAUAAAUUAAAAAAAAAAGCUAUUAAUAUAUUAUUAACAAAUGCAUAUGGUGUUUUGCACCAUCAGAAAAAUCGUUAUUCAGACGUUCUAAAAUAUACAGAUUCUCAUUUAAAAUUAUUUAGGCAGGAGCAGUUAAUACUUUUAGCUGAAAAUGAAAGAUUAACAAUGCAGAUGAAAGAAUUAAAGAAACAACUUUUAGAUAAUAAAAUUGAAAAUAUAAAAAAAAAUGAAAAAAAUUUGAUUACACCAAUGAAAAGAAAUACUGAAAGUAUAGAAAAAAAAAAUAAUAAUACAGAUGAUAAUUUUGUUGAAUUAGAUGCAGAUAUUGUAGAGAAAAAUUUUAUAAACUUAAUAAAAAAUAUUAAAAUAGCUCAAUUAAAAUUAUUAUUUUUUGCAUUUAGAAAAUUAAGUAAUAAUGUAUAUAAUAAUGUAGAUCCUACUAAUGUUAGUGCAAAUAUGAUAAAUUCUUUAAAACAUGGUAUGGAUAUAUUAAAUAAUAUAUUAAAAAAUAAAAAAACUGUAAUAACUUGUAAUGCAUUUUAUAAAUUAUUAAAUUGUAAUAUAAAUAAUUUAUUAUAUAAAAGCAAAUACUUACAAAAAAUUAAUAAAUAUAGUAGUUGUAAUUAUUCAAAUCCAAAAAAUGGUCAAAGAAUAUCCCAUUUUGUUUAUAAACCCUAUUAUUACGAUAAUUUGCCAAGUGCUACUUGUGAUGUGCAGAAAAAAAGAUUACCAAUUUUAAAUGAUAAAAAAGAUUUAUUUAUGAAAGAUUUAAUUCACAAAGGUGAACCAUUAUAUGAACCUUUUACAUAUGAAAAUGUAAGAAAUAAUAUAAGUAAAAAUAAAUAUUACAAAAAAGAUUACUUUGAUAUGGAAGUAAAAAAAAAUUUCGAUUCAGAAAAAUAUUCUUGCUUUAAUGAUUUUGAUUUUCUAAGUGAUUUCAGUGCAUAUGAUAAGGAGAAAUUUAUAGAUUUAUUUAUAACUGAAACAACAAAAAAGUAA